AGAUUUUUCCGCGACGUGUCAGUUCUCCGAUUUUCGUCGGUUCUGAUCAAACUUCGUUCUGAUAGUUACCUGUGAGAGAGAGAGAACAAGAAGAAGGAGAUUGGAACACCGUCGUUUAUGGGAAAUUAGGGUGUUGAGUUGAACCUCUCUGGUGCUGAGGUGUUAAUUUAAUUGCUUAAUUAUGGGGUUGGGGAUUAACGAUGGUGAUGAUUUGGUAGGUGACGAUGGGGAUGGCAGUGGUGCUGAUCGUGGAAAUGGGGGCAAGUUUUUUGGUUCGGUUUCUUGUUUGAUUUGCUUUGAGACGGUCGCCGAUAAUGGGGAUCGAUCUUGGGCCAAGCUUCAAUGUGGUCACCAAUUUCAUCUGGGUGUGCCUCCACCUCAGCAUCCAUCUCAGCCAAAAAAAAGGCCACGUCAGACACAAAGAAGGGCUGAUGAACGGAAUGUUAAAUGUUAACGUAAACGUUAAGAGAGGGGCUGAUUUGCCACUGCAGGUGAGUUGAGGGGUUGAUUUGCGCGUGAAGUGGGUUGAGGGGGUGAUUUGCCACCAGUUGUUGAGUUUAGGGGGUGUUCUGCACCUUUUGC